UUGGGCCAGUAUUCAAUUAAUGUAACUUUAUUACUCUCUGUAACUUUUGGAUUACCUCAGUACCAAACAUAUACAGCUAAAGACUGAUGAAAUACCAACAAGAUGACUUUUAUUCUGAGUGAGUAUCCUGUAAGAAUACAUAUUUGUGGUGGUUACAGAUCAGUUUAGUUCUUCUUUAUUUUGAAAUUGUAACUGUGUUACUGUGUUCUGUAACUUUACAGUUCAGUUACCUUUUUUGUUUUGUACCCAGAUUCCGCCUGAUCAGAAGUAAUAGCAUGUAAACUUAUUGCUAACCCCAACCCUUAUUGCUUAUUGCUAAUAAAAGACAAAAUAUCGUUACUUUCCUCUUCACUGCCUUCUAUUAAAGGAGCAGUUCACCCAAAAAUGAAAAUGCAGUUAUUAUCUUCUCACCUGAUAUUGAUUGCGAGUUCAGCAGCAAGUUUCAUGCUCCAUAAAAAACAUUUUCUGGAGCUUCAAGGAAUGUAGAAUGUAUGAGGCCAGAAUGUAAACAAACGACUAAAACACAGUAAAAUGUUCCAUACAGCUUGUCCGGCACAAUUCAAGUAACUCAGAUCUCAAAUCUAAUUGUGGAAAAGACCUUAUUUAAUGCUUAAACCUUUACACAGCUGCAUGCACAUCUUCUGGUGUUGGUGCAGGAUUUGACUGCAUGUCGAGGGUGUAAAUAUCAUCCGUUCAAAUAAAUUUGGGAUCUCAGGGCUUCCAGAGACUCGGAAGAGGAGCUACAUGGUUGUAUUCUUACAUAUUAAAACAAGUCCCCAUCUACUUCAAUGUUGAGGAGGAAGCUGCAACCAUGUUUUUACUGAGAAGCUCCAGAAAAUGUUUUAUGGGCUACAAAACUCCACCUGACUUUCCAUCAGUCAGCCUGAGAGUGAGCAGAUGACGACUGAAUUUUCCUGUUUGGUUGAAUUUAUCCUUUAAACCUUUUACAGAGCAGAUAGUGGGUGAACUCGGCUGAUGUCUCGGGAGGUACCAGGUGCUGCAGCUUCGAGCUUUGGCUUCACUUCUGUUGGUACAUGAGAUCAUUCACUGCCUGUGGCUGCAGUGUGGACAGUUCAGUGGCAGAGAGACGCUCUCUCUCUCUCUCUCUCUCUCUCUCUCUCUCUCUCUCUCGGUCUUCCUCACUGCGCGCUCUCACCGAGAGGGAAAAGGAGGAGACACACACCUUUAUAUCACCACGACACACACACACACACACACACACACAGAAGAGAGAGAUAGUGUGUGUUGCAGCAGGGGGCGCCGCAGAGGUCGUUUUCUACCCGCCUCGUCUCUUUUCCAGCUUUCUGUCAUUCUCUUGUCUUUGUGCGUAAAAGUAGAACCGCCGGAGUCACCAUGAGGGCCGGUGUGCGGAGUUUCUGCUGCGCCUGGAUCUGAUUCACAACUCUGGCGGGGCGGCCAGCAGAGGGGGGUGAAGGAUUUACCGACUCGAAUGGAUUAACACAAAGUCUGUGGAGGGAAACUCUGCAGUUUCUACCUGGAUUCAUGUUUCGACCAUGAGGAUACCUGCGCCUGGAGAAGAGUCAGUGAACGCCGCACAGUAGCUGGAUACACAGGUCAGAAAGUUCAGUGAGGUAGCAGAUACGUCACCAGCAGCGACCUCCAGGUAAGUCAGCAUGAUAUAGAUUGAUUAUUAAGUCGUAAUAAUAAUAAUAAUAAUAAUAAUGAUAUUCAUUUCCAUCGUGUGUUUUCCUCCUGGUGCGCAGGACUCAGCUCAUCCUGUCUGAUCCAAUGAGCUUAAUUUAGACAAGGUGCAGAAGCAGGUCUGAGUUAGAAGGUCUGGGGUGAACGUCCCCCCUGACUGGACCUCAGACCUGCUGUCUAAUGACAGUUUAGUCAGCAGGGGGGCUCCUUCAUUAGGAGCCAGAGGUCAGAGAGGUCAACUCAUGUGGUCAAGUGUGGAGCUGGAGUCAUUCAUUUUUUAUUUGUUCCCCUGAGUCAGUGUGUCCUGAGGGAUGUAGAGGCACACACAGCUGACAGUAAAGUCAUAUCAUUUAUAUUUUGAGUGAUCAAUCAACUGUUUGUCAGCUAUCAAGCUAAUCACCAACUAUAUUGAUAAUUGAUCAGUUUGACCAAAUUUCUAAGGGGAAGAAAAAGGCAAACAUUUCUGAUUCCAGCUUCUUAAAUGUGAAUAUUUCCUGGUUCCUUCAUUUUUCUAUGACAGAAAACUGAAUGUAUAUCAAGUGGAGGCAAAACAAAACAUCAGCUUGGGACACACAAGACAUUAUAUAUGCCAAAACAAUUAAUGAUCUAUCAAGAAAGUAAUCAGUGAUGAUGUGUGUCUUUAGCUUGCAGCCUGAGAGAGGACUCUGUUCUGUAGAUGGACGGUGAUCAGACAGAGUAUCGCUGGGUUUUGACACUUCAGUGCCUCUGGACAACAGCAUUUGUGUUGGAAAUGUCAGCAGCACUCAGGUGUAUGCUAAUGUCAACUUCUCUACUUUCACUUAAGUGUCCGACUUAAAGAAUCCAGCAGCUAUGUGGGGAGCCUGCGUCUGGAUGUUCAGAGUGUCCGUCCUCCUGCUGUCGCUCCGCUCGGACCUCCUGGACUGCCAGCACACAGCAGACCACAGGAAGGUCACUCAGAGGGCAGAGCCCCAGCAGGAGUUCAGGGCAGAGCACGGAGAGAUUCAGGGCUCCUGGGGCGCCUGGGGGGCCUGGUCGACCUGCUCCAGGACCUGUGGAAGAGGGGUACAAGAGCAGAGCAGACCCUGCCUGCCUGUUUACACCCCAUCCCAGUACCCCUCCAGAAGAGCUGGUGUUCACCCUCAGCAGCCAGGGCUUGUCAUUUCAGCCCUGCGGCCAACUGUUCCUCUGCACCGUGACGUGGGCAGGGCAUCCAACAGCAGCAGUCGGGGAACGCUGAGGGAGGAGAAGCAGACCCGGCCGGGUGGACGCAGGAGGGUGACUCACAUCGUCCCGGGGAGGUACGGAUACGGGAGGGCUCCUUAUGUCGCCCCACUGCAGACGGAUACAGGUCAGGGCUCUGGGACGACUCGCCCCCACAGACAGAGACGCUCUGCUGAGGCCGAUGCCCACCACCACACCACUAGAGGCCACGGCGGCCACAGGUCGAACAACCUCGACCCCUCCAGCAACCUCCAUCGCUACGGCAGACCCUAUGUGAAGCCCAGAGCGCAGCAGCCCCAAAAUAACCAAGUCUGGGCCCCCCUCUAUCAGCCUGGUCCGCCCAACCAGGCCCCGGCCCAGCAGGAAGUACAACCAGGCGUCCAGACGUAUGGACCCCAGCAGCACCAGGAGAGACCCUACGACCCCCUGCCUGCUUCCUUUUGCACAGGAGAGCAUGUUCGCUACAGGAUCUGCAACAGUAAUGCCUGUCAUCCAUCCAGCAGACACAUCAGGGCUGUUCAGUGCUCCUCGUACAACAACCAGCCUUUCAUGGGCCGACUGUACGAGUGGGAACCUUUCGACGAGGUUCCUGGAGAUCAGCAUUGUGAGCUCAACUGCCGGGCCAUCGGGUUCCGAUUCUACGUGCGACAGUCGGACCGGGUGAUCGACGGGACGCCAUGCGGGCAGAAUGACACAUCUCUCUGUGUGGCGGGAAAGUGUACGAGUCUCGGCUGCGAUGAGUACCUCGGGUCAGGAAAGGUGAUGGACAAGUGCGGCCUGUGUGGAGGCGACAACACGUCCUGCCGGCUGGUCUCCGGCGUGUUCAAACACAGCCUGUCCAAGAUCGGCUACCACAAGAUCGUGGAGAUCCCGGAGGGAGCCACCAAGAUCAACGUCACGGAAAUGGUGAAGAGCAGAAACUACCUAGCUCUCCGAAGCCGGUCAGGGCGAUCCAUCAUUAAUGGAAACUGGGCUAUUGACCGACCGGGGAAGUACGAGGGAGGGGGGACCAUGUUCACAUACCGCCGACCCAACGAAAUCCGUAGCACGGCCGGGGAGUCCUUCCUCGCCGAAGGGCCCACCAACGAGAUCCUGGACGUUUAUAUGAUCUUCCAGCAGCCGAAUCCUGGUGUUCACUACGAGUACGUCCUCCCCUCUGAGAAGUCAGCUGGCCCUCAGCAAGAAGGGAACGCUGUGAAUGGACAGGGAUACGACCAUGACUCCGACACUCACCAGGAAAACUUCCAUCCUUCCGGUGGGGGCAGGGACCCUCCUCCCCUCCCCGACAACCAGGUCCCCGUCGUUCAGCCGCCCAGACGGCCGAGAGAGUACAACUGGAAACUGGCCGGUGCUACAGAGUGCAGCGCCUCCUGUGGUAAAGGGUUCAGAUACUCGAUCUUUCACUGCGUGUCCCGGCUGAACCACGUCCAGGUGUCGGACGCUUUGUGUGACAGCAGCAGCAAACCGACUCCUCAGGAAGAGGCCUGCAACCUGCAGCCCUGUCCAGCCUUCUGGGAUAUUGGAGAAUGGUCGGAAUGCAGUAAGACCUGCGGCCUGGGCAUGCAGCACCGGCAGGUCCUGUGUCGCCAGAUUUACGCCAACCGCACCCUCAACGUCCACACGAGCCGCUGUCGAGACCUGGAGCGGCCGGAAAUCGCCAGUACCUGCCAGCUGAAGAUCUGCAGCGAGUGGCAGAUCCGCUCCGAGUGGACCCCCUGCUCGGUGCCAUGUGGGCCGGGUCAGAGGUCGCGAGAGGUGCGCUGUGUCAGCAACGUGGGCGACUUUGUUCCUGAUGAAGAGUGCAACAUGAAUCUGCGGCCCGUCGAUGUAGAGAACUGUGACAGGGGACCCUGUGCCAAGAGCUGGUUCUACACCGAGUGGGGCGACAGGUGUUCAGCUGAGUGUGGGAUGGGAGUACGAACCCGGGGAGUCCUGUGCCUGACCAAUCACAUCAGCAGCCUUCCUCUGGAGGGCUGUGGCAACGAGCGGCCUGCCGACUCUCAGGUCUGCAACAACGGCCCCUGUGAGAAUCGCAUUGAGUGGUUCACGGGCCCCUGGAGCCAGUGCUCUGCAGAGUGCGGCGCCGGCAGCCAGCAGAGGUCGGUGGUGUGUCUGAUGAAGGCGGACGAAGGAUUCACCAUCAUGCCGCCUUACGAGUGCUCGUCUCUGGACCGGCCUCUCAGCCAGCAGAGCUGCAACCUCAAGGCCUGUGGAGCAAAGUGGUAUCACACCGACUGGAGUGCUUGCUCGAAAACAUGCGAGGGAGGUUUCCGUGUGCGGGAGGUGCGCUGCCUGUCGGACGACAUGCUGUCCAGCGAGGGCUGCGACGAGCAGCUGAAGCCGCCGGGGAAAGAGAGCUGCAGCCCGGAGCCCUGCGUGCCUCAGAUAGAUGAGAACUGCAGAGACAAAUACUUCAACUGCAACGUGGUGGUCCAGGCUCGCCUCUGCGUGUACGAUUACUACCAGACGACGUGCUGCGCUUCGUGUUCGCGACUGACCCACAGACAGCCGAUUCACCGGGGCCGCAGCUAGCACUCUCCAAGCCGGGUCCCUCAGCUCCACGUUUGGGCCGGACUCGAUACCCGCUGCAGGCACCCUGUUCCCGGGCCAGCCAGGGGAGCGAUGAACCGGCUGGACCUCGGCUCAAACGAACACUUGUUUUGAUUGCCAAGGAUGGAAACUGAAGAAGGAACAUUUCUGUUGGCUCGUUUGGAGACAGCUGUUGGGAGAAAGGAAUACCUGAGAACAGUGGAGGACAGGAAUCCACUCACUGGAUAAACAGAGUGCCAGUGUGGGGUUGAGAGAGAUCGGGAGCAAAAGUGAGGAACCUACACAGAACGUUAUGGGUUUUAACCAUGACAUUUAAUAUAAAGAAUCCAGCUUCUUUGCUUCAGUUUCAGUUUGCAGCCUUCCGUCACCAGUAACGGCUCUUGUGGACGACUGGAUGUGAUGAAGAGAGCCUCUGUAAACUGCUCCACAUGGACUAUAUAUAGAAAAUAUACAUUCUCUUACAGUUCUUGACAAUGUUACAGUGAUGUCAUAUGAAGUCGAUGCUGUAAUCAACUAUUUACCGCCCACUUUGUUGACCAAAGAUUUGUAACCUCAUCCUCAACAGUGACACAUUAACACUUUUCUCCUCGGCACAGAUUUCUGAUUAUCUCGUCAGUGGCAACAAUCUUUUCUCUCUCUCCCUGUAAAUUCAGCCUGUGUAAUAUGUAUGUAUAUAUAUGUAUGUAAGACAGAGUGAAUGAUGGAGGUCUUCUCGUAAGGCUUCUCAGACGGUCCCACCUCCACCUCCACCCCCUCCUGCACCUGAAGAGAAAAAAAGCCCUCUUUAUUUAUUUGUGUGGCUCCCCGGAGACGACGCUGGUUUAUCGGUGGCCCCUUAUUUGGCUGAGGGAGAUAAAAAUCUUUUGCUGUCUCUCCACCAAUCGCAGCUUCCGAGCUGGAUGUAGGCAUUCCACAGCCGGCUGGAUGGUCGAAGCAGAUGGUCCGAAAAAAAACCCUGAUGCAUUUUUUGGAGAGGCGAAAACAAACUGCAUAUAUAUAUA